AUGGGGUCUUAUCGCGAUCGACAUUAUGACGAUUGCGCCGACUCGCCUUGUGCGCUCAACGCCACCUGCAUCGAUCAGGUCAACGAUUUCAAAUGCGAAUGUCCGAACGGGUUCACCGGCAAACGGUGCCAUAUCAAAGAUGAUUUGUGCGCCGAUUCGCCGUGCGUCCACGGCAUCUGCGUCGAUCGUUUGUUCGCGCGCGAAUGCAUUUGCGAGCCCGGCUGGACCGGCGCCAAUUGCGAUCAGAAUAUCGAUGAAUGUGCUGAUUCGCCGUGUCAUAAUGAUGCCAAGUGUAUUGAUCAGAUCAAUGGAUACAAAUGUGAAUGCGCUGAAGGUUACGAAGGAGUUCAUUGUCAGCAUCUCGUUGAUCAUUGCGCCAAAUCGCCAUGUCACAAUAAUGCCACUUGCACCAACAUGGGACCCACUUAUCAUUGCGAUUGCGGCCUUGGAUUCGAUGGAAUCCAUUGUGAAAUCAAUGUCGAUGAAUGCUCGGAGAAUCGGUGCGAUGCGAAUGGCACCGAGUCGUGUCGCGACGGCAUCAACGCGUUCAAUUGCGUAUGCAAGCCGGGAUACACUGGCGAGUUGUGCGAUGUGAAGAUUGAUCAGUGCGCGAGCUCGCCGUGCCUCAAUGACGCGCAAUGCGUUGAUAUUGGCGCGAGUUUCAAGUGCAACUGCAAACCGGGAUGGACUGGGCCAAGAUGCGAGCAGGAUAAUGGAAGUUGCGCGUCAAAACCGUGCCGCAACAAUGGCUUCUGUGUGGGUCUCGUCGGCGACUACUUCUGCGUGUGUCCGCCGGGCGUUUCCGGCAAAAAUUGCGAGACGUCGCCGAAUCGUUGCAUCGGCGAGCCGUGCCAUCACGGCGGCGUUUGCGGCGAUUUCGGCGAUCAUCUCGAGUGCUCGUGUCCGCCGGAAUUCGCCGGAAACGGUUGCGAGUUCAAGAAUAUGGGAUGCGCGAGCGGCUCGUGCAAAAACGGCGGCUCGUGCGUCGAGAAUUUGGCGAUUGGCGCGAAAAAAUGCGCGUGUCCCGUCGGCUUCACCGGCGAGUUUUGCGAGACGAACAUUGAUGAAUGCGCGACGGCUCACUGUCCGGCUGGAGCCAAAUGCGUCGAUCAGAUCAAUGAGCACAUCUGCGUUUGUCCGUUCAAUCUCACCGGCGUCAAUUGCGAUAAGAUGAUCAACACCAAUUAUGAUCUUCAAUUCAUGGAUCCGUUCCGGCCAACGUUUGCUUCAUACUACGCUCCAUUCCGAAUCGAAUCAUCGGCGAUCUCGAUCGGCCUCUGGGUGAAAUUUGAGAAGCCGCAUCAGCACGCGACGUUCUUCACACUUCAUGAAUUUGGCGAUUCGACGCGUGAACUCGUGCGAGUCGCUUCCAAUUCGGUGACGAUCAACCUGUUCGACUACUUGAAUCCUAUCGAGAUUCCGUUGUCGCCGUCGCAGCACUUGAAUAAUGGACGAUGGAAUCAUUUGAUGAUCACGUGGCAUGCGAAUAUGGGAUCGUAUUCGAUAAUUUGGAAUUCGCUGAGGAUUUACUCGAGCACUGGAUACGCGGUUUCAAGGAAUCUCGAUGUUCAAGCGGGCAUCACACUUGGAUCUCGAACGACACCGUCGUUCGUUGGAUCAAUCACGCGGGUUAACGUCUGGAAUCGGGUGAUUGACUUUGAGGAGGAGCUUCCACUCAUGGUUCAGCACUGUCAGCGAUCCGAGGAGGUGUUCAAGGGCCUACUUGUCCGAUUCGAAGGGUACAAGACGGUGGUUGGACAUGUCGAAAGGAAUCACAAGAGUUUGUGUGGAGUUGAAGAGAAGAAGGCGCCGUAUUCGUCGGAUCCGAUUAUUGUGGAAGACUGUCCAUCGGAGAUGGUGGUGUCGUCGUCGGAACGCGAGACGAACAUCAGUUGGAAUGAGCCGACGUUCAUCGGCGUCAAUCCGAUCAAGAAGAUUGAGAAGAACCUGAAGCAGGGCCAGAUGAUGACAUGGGGCGAAUACGAUGUUCUGUACGUCGCCACGGACAACGCGACGAAUCAAGCCGAGUGCAGCUUCAAAAUUCGAAUUGGCAAGGCGAAUUGCGAGGAUCUUGCGGAUCCGGUCAACGGAUUGCAAUCAUGCGAGAAGUGGGGACCCCAGCUGAAAUACAAGGCGUGCUCGAUUGAAUGCCGAGAUGGAUUCGAGUUUCCGACGCCGCCGGCGAUCUUCUACACGUGCGGUGCCGAUGGCGAAUGGAGGCCGAAUAAGCAUUCGAUGACAAUAUUCAAGUAUCCGCAGUGCACAAAGCAUGUACCAGCGACCAAGGUGGUCCUUGUGCGGAUUGUCUAUGCUUCAUCGCCGGCUUGCACCGAAUCGUCGCGGCAAGCGUUCGUUCUCAAGGUUCAGCAGACGAUAAAUGCUAUCGAUAGCAAGUGGAAGAUGUGUAGUUUGACCGAUACCACCGGAUGUGUUGGAACUCAAGUGCGCGUCAAUUGCGACGCCGACUCGACGAGACGACGACGUGCCGACACGGCUCCAUUCAACGUCGAAAUCGAGAUACCGGUGAAGAGGCGUCUGAUUGCCGAUCCGACGACAGGACGCGAGACGGCGAUUCGCGAUGCGCUUCAUAACGAGAUCACCUCGGGAGUGUUGAAUUUUGAAAAGGUGCUACCGAAUGGAAGGCCGGAUUUGAGCACUCUUCGGAUUUUGGAGCAAUUCAAUUGUCAAGCCGGACAGAUAGUUGUUAGAGAUGUUUGUGUCCCUUGCGCUCCUGGAACAUAUCACUCAACAGCGACCGGACAAUGCGAAAUGUGUCCGAUUGGCGAGUAUCAGCCGCUGACAGCGCGAACGGAAUGCUUCAAAUGUGCCAACGGGCAUAUUACGGCUAGCGAGGGAUCGAUCUCCGAAACGGAAUGCAAGGACAACUGUCCGCCUGGGCAUCAGUACGAUUCGACAACGUCGUCGUGCGUCAAAUGCGGCUACGGCUACUAUCAGCCGCAAGGUGGUUCGUUUGAAUGUCUCGCGUGCGGCAUCGGAAAAACGACAUUGUCGGAUGUGGCGACCAGCGAGGACGAAUGCCGCGACGAGUGUCCCGACGGGCAGCAAUUGUCGUCGUCGGGAAUCUGUCAGCCGUGUCAGGUGGGAACGUAUCGAUCGCGCGGCGAACACAAAAAGUGUGUGCCGUGUCCGCCGGGAACCACCACCGAAGGAACGGCAUCGCAUCGACGUGAGCAGUGCAAUACGCCGAGAUGCAAGCCCGGCCAGUUCUUGGUCAAAGAGACGAAGAAUUGUCAAUUCUGCCCGCGUGGAACGUUCCAGAAUGAGGAGCAAGAGACGACUUGUAAGCUGUGUCCGACGGAUCACACGACGGCGGCGCAAGGAGCCACCGCUGAAUCGCAGUGCUACUCGACGAACCAAUGCGCCACCGGCGAAUACAAUUGCUCGUGGCACGCGAACUGUAUCGAUUUGCCCGACGAGAACGAUGUGCCGAGCUAUGAAUGUCGAUGCAAGCCGGGCUAUCGGGGCAACGGCACACAUUGCACGGAUGCUUGCAACGACUAUUGUAUGAACGAUGGAAUUUGCAAGAAGAACAAUAUCGGAAAUGUUGAAUGCAUUUGCAAGGAGUACUUUAGCGGAGAGAGAUGUGAGCUCAAAUUCGCGCCGAAGACCGCCAAAAUGACGGUGAUCGGAAUGUUUGUGGGCGGUGUGGUUUUGAUUCUCAUCAUCAUCGUUGUGAUCAUUUUUAUGAUCUCGUUCCGCUUCAAUCAGGUUCAGGACAAUGUUGAGAAGACGUCGACGUUCGCCGAACUCUCGCCAACCAAUAAUAACAAUAUUCUUUAUGGAACACCGUCGAUUUGCGAACCACCACGAACAUUCGGCUACUACUAUGAGGACGACGAAGUGUAUGAGACGAAAUCGCGGGACGAGCGAAUCGCGCCGUCGUCGCAAUCCGCCGGCACCACAUCGAUGAGCGGCGCGAUGACGCGAGCCAUCGAGCAGCACAAGUAUGAGCUGAGAAUGCGGCAGGCUCAGCAGCACAUGUACCAGCCGAAUGCGGAGGAAUAA